UUGAUAUUAUAAACAACUGCGAUAAAAUAAAGAUAAAUAUUUAAAAUCUGAAAGCUAAUUGAAUUUGUUAUACCGUCGAACCGGCGAUGUAACCUAUUUACAGUUUCCACAAAGAAUAAAAAUUUGUAAUAUAUCCUGCUGCUUGAGGACAAAAAGAAUUUAAAUUUUGAUGGCUUUUUCACAAUCGAACUCAAGAGAAUUACAAAACAGAAAAAUUUUGGAAGAAUUGCAACUAAAGAAACAGAUGCUUUUGAAGCAAGGUGUGGCCCCAACAUUAAAUACAUCAUUGGCAGUUACAUCAACAGGUUCUUCUAAUUUGCCUCCUACACAACCUUCUGAUGGUGUUGCAAUGAGUGCCUCACAGAGAGCUGCUUUACAUAAUGCACAUGCAGCUUCAUCAGGAUACUUUGUGACACAGGACUCAUCCUUUGGCAAUCUUAUUUUACCAGUUCUUCCUAGAUUUGAUACUAAAUGAGAAAUUAUAAAUGACAAGUGAUUCUGUGUUAUAAACAUGUAAAUAAGUGUGGUGGAAGCAACUUUGAAUAAGGAUUAAAUAUUUUUUUUAUUUGUA